AUGGUCCUUUCCCAACAAAAGUUCCAGCACACGCAUCCUGGUGUCCUCGUGGAUACUCUCCUCUUGGCAUUGAAACUCCUAAAAAAAAAUCCACUAGGUACAACAUUGGAUGUUAGGUACGAACAAUUCUUCGUUGAUCCAGCUGGGUCCCCGUUCUCUACUGCGGCAAUUCACAGCCAACCAAAGACAUCAAGAAUUGGCGUGAUCUUUACCAACGGACCCAGUCUGAAACACCUGUCAUUGAUUUUGAAUCAUCGUAUGAACAGAAGCAUUGGGUUCAAGACAAGUAGUGGCGGCAUGGAGUUGAAUGGCAGUGCACAGAGAAAGGGAUACGUCAAAAGACGAGCAGCGCCAGUGCUGAAGACGGUCAUGAAACCAAAUGUCAGUGUCAGUCCUUUCAAAUCCAAAACUUGA